UUAAUGUGAAGUUGAACCGUUUUAACAUUUUUAUCCGACUUUAUAUUCGCUACCGGAAGGAAUUCUGGCCAACAUGUUUAUGUAGGCUAACGUUAGCUAGCUGGCCGUCUCUCUCUCACCGUGUAAAUUAUUACUUGGUUUUAGUUUCGUGUCCACUGGCUCUACGAUAAUAGGAAUGUUCUGGGAAAUAAAGGCUUUUGGUAAAUUCCUGCUUCUUCUGCAAACAUGGAGUCUCAGAAUUCAAAUCUAACCUGUGCCAUAUGCUUGGACCGCUUCAAAGUCCCUGUCACCAUUCCCUGUGGUCACACCUUCUGUAAGAACUGCAUCACCCUUCACUGGGACACCAAGAGCAAGUCUGACAUCGGACCCCAGUGUCCCAUCUGCAACGAGGAGUUCCCCACCAGGCCCAUCCUGAAGCGUAACGUGUCCCUGUCGGUCCUGACGGAGGCUGCAAUCAGCACCGGUCCCUCCUGCAGAGAGCCUCAGGGGAGGGGAGGCGAUGGGGCAAAAGCCAUGCAGCUGUGUGAUCGACACAAGAAGCCCCUGGUUCAAUACUGCAAACAAGACAAGAAGCCUGUGUGCCCUGAAUGCAGCAUCUCAGAAUGCAAGAACCACCAGAAGGAGUCACUGGAGGUGGAGAGGGAAAAUCAAAAGCUGCUGCUGAACAGUAAAGGGAAGGAGGUGCAGAAGCUCCUGGAGGAGACACAGAAGAGCAUCAGCGACCUGGCUGAGAACAUCAACCACGCUAAGGUGUCCCUUGAGCAGACUUCAUCCUGGAUGAAGCUGAAGUUCUCCACCUUGAUAAAAACCCUGAGUGAGAAGCAGGAGGCCACAGAGCUGUUCCUUCUGGAGCAGAAGGAGACCGCCAUCAGUGAGGCAGAGGCGCGUCUGGCCCAGCUCAUGGAGAACUCCCAGAUUCUCAAAGAGAGCCAGGUCCAGAUAGCAGCUCUGAGCACCCUAUCUGACACCGACUUCAUUAGGAAAUCAACACUUGUAGAAGUUCCUCAUUGCAAAGACGUUCCCACAGACGUGUCACCAAACCUGCAGGAUCGCAUAAACGGAGUAACGGACGUCCUCUCCCGCGUGUCAAAGCUGGUCUCUGAAGACCUGGAGAAGGCUGUGGGCACAGCAGUGGGUCAGGACAAAGACGGAUCUCCUCAGGACAAGAGACCAGUUCUGGCUGUUGUUCCCAGUCCUGCUGCUUUCAGCCUCCCUGGUGGGAAGGAAGGUCUUAGUGCCUACCGAUGCUCUCUGACCUUUGACCCUCGCACGGCCAAUGGACACCUUUCUCUGUCGCUGGAGAAUCGGAGGGCGGAGCACCUGAUCUCCGGGCCGCGUCCUGUCCCUCCAUAUGAAGUCCGCUUCGAUCACACCUGGCAGGUGCUCUGCUUUCAGAGCUUUAAAUCCGGGCGGCACUACUGGGAGCUGGAGGUGUCCAAACCCUGGGCCUACGUCGGGGUUACCUAUGAGACCAUCCCCAGGAAGGAAAAAGGGAAGAGGUGCAUGGUGGGGAUGAACGACCUGUCCUGGAGCCUGCAGCUGGAUGAGCACCAGCUCUGCGCCUGGCACAGCGGGAGGCGGGAGGCGCUGGCUGGCCCCUCCCACCACAGCCGCAUCGGCAUGCUGUUGGACUACGAGGCCGGGACCCUGACUUACUACGGAGACGGACAGACCAGACUUCACGCCUUCCACUGCGCCUUCACAGAGGAGCUGUUCCCUGCCUGCUGGAUAGGAGAGGGCGUCAGCAUCACCCUCUGCUCCACAUGAGGAACCACUAAGGGUCACGGACUCUGACGGCCUCGUUUAUCCACUCUUCUCUUUUAAAACCAUCUCUGUGUCGUUGUUUGAAGGGACCCUGCUGUGGUGACGAGCCCUUUUCCUCUAGAGCCCAAUGUCUCUGGUUCACACUACGUCAGUCUCACCGGUUUUAUCUGGCUGGCUUCGAUCUAAUCACCAAAACGCCAUUUCAGCACAGGUCGUUGUUUCUUCACAUGAAAUCAGCUGUUUUGUGUUUUAAAGCUUAGGCCCCGCCCUCUCCACCACAGAUAGUUCCUCCAUUUAGAAAACCAUCUUGAUCCACAUCAUUCUCUCAUCUCUAAGUUUAUUAGACACGCACAUGGCAGAUGGUUGGAGGAGUUAAACAUGGAGUCAGCCAUGCUGAUAAACUGUAGAAGCAUCUGUUAGUGCUGCGCACACACGUAGUCAUUAUUUUAGUGCAUCUUAUUUAAAAGUUUAAAUAUUCAGCCUAAACCGCUGUUAUUGCACCCUCUUCAGGUUAAAACUAUGCACUGCAUUAAAAUUAAGAGUCCGCUAUGGCUAACGGCUCAGCAGUAUUUCUCAGCCACUCAUAAGCCGAUACGGCUUAGAGCCGCUUGGCUCCUCCGUCACUCCUUCCUCCCUUUCCUUUGGUGAAGGAGGUGGGGGGACAUCCUCCAGACUAGGAAGUCUGCUGCUGUUUCUCUGUCCGUUGGGGGUGCGUGUUUGUUAGCGGCUCGUUUCUCCAACAGAAGAUCUGCAUGCGGCAGGGCGGAGUUGCUGUCAGUCACGGCUGCAGCGCUGCCCUCUCGGUCCCUCCUGUUGGCACAUUUUCUAAACUAAGUAUGAGUGGAGACAGACUCUGGUGGGGGGCAACUUGCUCUUUAAGUGUUCACUCCUUAACCAAAGGGUUGAAGGUUGUUGCCUUGCUCAGUUUGUCUCAGUCAUUGUGUCCUUGGGCAAGACACUUCCCCCCCCCCCCCUCCUUACCUGCUGGUGGAGGUCGGAGGGACUGGUGGCUUAUGUCAGUGAGCCCCAGGGCAGCUGUCGCUAUGGUUGAGCUCAUCACUACCAGCGUGUGAAUGACUGGUGUGUUGUAAAGCACCUUGGGGGGUGUAGGGCUCUAUAAGUCUAUGUAAACACACUGUUUACCAUCAGCACUGCAGCAGGGCCUGAAAAACGACACAAACUCCUGAAACGUUUAGUCUGAAGGUGGUGUCGCUAAUGACGUAGCGCCAGUCUUAUUCUAACCAGGUGUUUUCACCUGCUGUGUGAUUUCCACCCAACACUCACCACCCUCCAUCUUCAUUAGAUGCAAAUUUACCUCCCAAACUUAAGGAUUGUGUAGAAAUGUUCUUGUUCUCCACGACAACGCCCCUGGAUGGUUCAAACUGUCCCAGCAGGAAUGACAGUGACCUUCAGCAAACAUGUUAACAGAUGCUAACUCUGACCUCAUGAAACAUGUCGGCACUUUUCUGUUACACACAUUCAAUUCAAUUUUAUUUUAUUUAUAUAGCGCCAAAUCACGACAAGUGUCGUCUCAAGGCACUUCACAUAAUAAACAUUCCAUACAGGUCAGGUCAUUAAGCCAAUUAGUAAAACGUUUCCUAUAUAAGGAACCCAGCAGGUUGCAUCGAGUCACUGACUAGUAUCAGUGACUAUACAGCAAUCCUCAUACUAAGCAAGCAUGCAGCGACUGUGGAGAGGAAAACUCCCUUUUAACAGGAAGAAACCUCCAGAGGAUCCUGGCUCAGUAUAAGCAGCCAUCCUCCACGACUCAUUGGGGAUGGAGAAGACAGAGCAGACACACACACACACACACACCAACCAAGUAGUGUUUCUAUGGUUACAUUGUGAUUUCUUAGUAAAUAUUCUAUUUGGUGAGAGAUAAACUUUAUUGUAUUUAUCCUAGUGAAUCUAUAAUUAAACGGAUAAACUAGCAGUAGCACAUCCAACGUCAAGGAAAGUAAAAAGUUAUCAGGAGAGGGAGAAUGAAGUGGUUAGCAGCAGUGUGCUAGACGAUGGCCCCCUCCAUGAGGCCACCACAGCUCAGCAGAACAUCAUUGUAGCUUCUUCUGGGGAGAAAAACACUUAGAGAAAAAAUAAAGUUAACAGCUGAAAUUGCACAAAAUAGUACAGUUAAAGAGCAGAUUGUAGAAGAAAGUAGUCGAGUGUGAAAAGUGGUCAGUGUGUCCUCCAGCAGUCUAACCCUAUAGCAGCAUAACUACAGAGAUAACUCUGGAUAACCUAGCCUUUUAGAUGGAGGCAUGUUGGAGGCAGGGCAAGGGAGAGCCGUCUUUACCGACUGUACACUCCACCUCCCUCUACUCCCCCACUUGUCCAGAUCUAGGCUAACAUCAGAUUUUAACCAUAGGCCCUAUCAAAUAAAAAUGUUUUAAGCCUAGUCUUAAAAGUAGACAAGGUGUCUGUCUCAUGGACUAAGGCUGGGAGCUGGUUCCACAGGAGAGGAGCCUGAUAACUAAAAGAUCUGCCUCCCAUCUUAAUUUUAGAUAUUCUGGGAACCACCAGUAGACCUGCAGUCUGAGAGCGAAGUGCUCGGUUAGGAACGUAUGGAACAAUCAGAUCACUGAUGUAUGAUGGAGCUUGAUUAUUAAGAGCUUUAUAUGUGAGAAGAAGGAUCUUAAAAUCUAUUCUGAAUUUAACAGGUAGACAAUGUAGGGAAGCUAAGACAGGAGAGAUAUGAUCUCUCUUUUUAAUUCUCAUCAGAACUCUAGCUGCAGCAUUUUGGACAAGCUGAAGACUUUUAACUACAUUCUGUGGACUUCCUGAGAGUAAUGAAUUACAGUAAUCCAGUCUUGAUGUAAUAAAUGCAUGAACUAGUUUUUCAGCAUCACUCCUGGAAAGUAUGCUUCUAAUCUUAGCAAUAUUCUGAAGGUGGAAAAAGGAAAUCCUACAAACCUGUUUAACAUGGAAUUCUAAUGACAUGUCCUGGUCAAAGAGAAUACCAAGGUUCCUUACUUUGUUCUUGGAGAUUAAUGUAAAGCCAUUCAGGUCAGGUGAUCGGCUAAGCAAUUUCCUUUUCUGGAUUUCUGGUCCAAAGAUGAGAACUUCCAUCUUGUCUUGAUUUAAAACACAUGGGAGUUUCUGUUCAGGUUUCAGUGUGGAGCAUGCAGGAGUAAUUAGGAAGAAGUCGCUGUGAAGCACAUUUCUGUGGAUUCAUGAGCUCACUUCUCCUUCAGCUUCCUCUUUGCACACUUCUGUCCCGUCAUGCUCCUCUCCGCUGCUGGGCCUGACAGCUACAGGACUUCUGCUCCGUUUCGUGUUGGAAACAGGAGUUACUACUGAGGGUUAUCGGUGGUGGGAUCUGCUGCACUUUCAGAUGUCUCCUACUGGUUUGUGACCUUUUUGAUUAUUACUUUGAGCACUUUUUGAGCUUUGUGAACUUUGAUCUGCUGACUGACUUCAGGCUCAGUGUUUUGGGAAACAUUUAUGCACAUGAUCCAAAACUUCACGGAUUCAUCUGGGAUGUCAAACUCUCCUCUCUCCCCCCUGGUGGACAUUAAAGCCCAACCCUGCUGACUGGAGAAAUAAAGCAGCCUCCAAGAGUCGAGAGCGGUUUAUUAAAAUACAAUCCAACGUUUACAUGCAUCAGUAGACAUCAUGCUUUGUUUCCCUUUGAGACAUUUUACAGGAAUUGACAAUAAAUCAGUUUGGAAUAAA